UUCAAUUUUACAGACCCAAGAGUUAAAGAUUGGCCCCUUAUGGAACGUCCAGUAACAGUGAUCUCAUUAGUAGCUAUUUAUUUAUUAAUAGUCAAGCAUCUUGGUCCUCAACAUAUGGCCAAUAGAAAACCAUACGUAUUUACCAAACUGCUUAUGACUUAUAAUGUUUCUUUAGUCAUUUUAACCAGUUAUACAUUAUAUGAGAUUUUUGUUAGUGUGUUACAUGUAGAUUUUGAUAAAGGUUGUAUGGUAGUUGAUUAUAGCAAUACACCAAUGGCCAUAAGGAUGGCUGGUGCUUCAUGGUUCUAUUUUAUUUCUAAAGUUAUAGAAUUGUUAGAUACAGUAUUUAUUGUUGCAAAAAAGAAGCAAAGUCAAGUGACAUUUUUACAUGUUUAUCAUCAUAGUACCAUGGUAUUAGUUUGUUGGUUU